AUCUAGUCCUUGCCCAACUCUCGUCUCGUGAGCAUCUACGUGCAAUUAACUGAAUCGUCAAGUUAGAAUUAUACGUGAACCAAAAUGUCGUUUAACAAAUCGCAUGUCCUCAAACUGUUGCAAUUGAUUGUGGUGUGCGUCCUUAUAGGAUUGCACUAUCACUCCUUCAGCGAUGGAGGUAGACAUAGUGCAAUGAUUACGAUGGGCGCCUUUGGUGGAUAUUUAAUUAUUCUCGCGGGAAUAUUCCUUGGUAUUCUUUUAGGAUCUGCACUCGAUCGUCGUUUGGACAUGUUCUUUACCGUGGCUGGCUUCAUCCUGUUCGUCUUGGCUGGUGCCUUAAUUCUCGACUAUUUCGCGAACUCGGUUUACAAAGGCUCCUUCCGUGACACUGGACUCGCCAAAGGAUGCGUCAGUCUUGUCGAAGGAAUUUUGUUUUUGGUAGACGCGGUAUUAGUGUACCGAGGAUCAUCCUAAAAAAGAAGAAUGUACCUUUUAAAAUAAUAUCAGCGAUCGUAAAUCACCGAUUCAUUCUUGUAUGUACUUCAUGAUAAGAAACAGACGAAUUUUUCGUCAAUGAAAUACUGCCAAAGAUCGAAGAAAUUAAUUUAAUAUUCAAGCAAACAGGCUUUCUUCCCUCGAACACUUUAAGGGAAAACACGUGAAACGUUAACUGACUCGUAUAAAAGAUUUUGUAUAAAGAAAAUUGUGAAAUGAAAACUGUACAGGCAGAAGUAAUUUUUUAAAUAAAACAGUGUUUUGCGUUUCUGAAUGUAAAAGCAAAAAUUAGAAAGAUUCUUUUUGUAUCGUAAAAUAGAACGAUUUA